AUGGAUCUACCUUCUGGAGAUGUGGAACCACAUUCCUUAAAGCCUUAUUGGAAUUUUAAGUUUGACCCUCAUCGAAUUCAUUUCCAUACUGAUGUCUUGACCAAGAUUAGCAAAAAGUCAGAGUUACCUGAAUUUACUAGACAAAUGUCUCUGGAAACAAUUCAUAGCAUUCCAUCUUCGGUUCUGAAAAUGUACACUGAUGACAGUAAAGGAGAUAGUGGCGUUUCUAUUAGUGGCGUGCACAUUGAGACACCUGAAGGAAUUACUGAUAUUUUAUUUAGUAAUCCUGUCAACUGUUCUUUGAUCAGAUUUGAGCAAAGCAAGAUGUUCACUGUAGUUCGGGGUAUUUUUCAAUCUGGUCUCUUACAAACAACGGAGAUAAAGAAUGAUUACAAAACUUUUAGACUCCAUUACACUUUUACAGUCGGACUUCUCCUGGCUUUCUUUGUAAUUGUGACUACCAAGCAGUUUGUGGGCGAACCUAUUGAGUGUGACGUCACUGAAGAGGGUUCAGCGGACUUAAUCAACACCUACUGCUGGAUUCACUCCACUUACAUCAUCCCCAAAGCCUUUUACAAAGUGGUAGGCAUAGAAGUUCCUCAUCCCGGCAUAGAUGGAACCCAAAAUGCAAGAGAAUUCCGCUUCCUUCGAUACUAUCAAUGGAUCUACUUCAUGCUUUUCUUCCAAGCAGUUCUGUUCUACAUUCCAAGAUGGCUCUGGAAAGUGUGGGAAGCCGGGAAAAUGAAGACUCUGACCAAAGAUCUAGGAGAUCCCUUGCUCCCCGACCUGGAACUAAAAGAAAAAUUCGGUAGUUUAACUAAAUAUUUAAUUCGAACCUGGACAGCUCAUGAUGCUUACGCUGUUCAGUACACUGUCUGCGAGUUCUUAGCUCUCUUCAAUGUCAUCGGACAAAUGUUUCUUUUGGAUACUUUCUUCGGUGGCAGUUUCUUAAAAUAUGGCCUCAGGGUCAUCGAAUUCCAGCUUUACGAAGCUCCUCGGCUAAGGGCCAACUCGACGGUUGACCUCAGGGGCGAUCCGAUGAUUAUGAUGUUCCCUCGAGUCUCCAAGUGUGUGUUUCGGAAAUACGGACAGUCAUCGGCGAUAGAAAUCUACGAUGUCCUCUGUGUCAUGCCCAUGAAUAUUGUCAAUGAAAAGAUUUACCUUUUUCAAUGGUUUUGGUUCGUGAUACUCAUCGUUUUAACUAGUUUAUCAUUAAUGAUGGACAUACUGUUGAUUUUCUCCGUCGCUGUAAGAACUUACACUUUGCAAACUCACUUUCAUUUGGUUGAUAAAAGGGACAUUCGAAUACUGAUGCGAAAAGGAUCUUUCGGGGAUUGGUUUGUCAUUGAUCUUAUUGGACAAAAUAUAGAUAAUGUCCUUUUAAGAGACAUCGUGGUUGAGCUAGCGAAAGCUCUGUCUGAUAAUUAUAAGCUAUUAUGA